CUGUCUGGUAAUAUAAAAUGCCCGUUUAGUAGGUUAGGGCAUAGUUCCUGCCGACCAUUCUAACAAUGAAGAUCCUGGGAUUCUUAUGCUUGGUGACUAUAGCAGGAUGUACGAGUUUGCCUGCUCAUGUUUUCUCUGAACUGCAUAGUCCGGCAGAGCUAAAGGCGUACAACAACUUCUGGAUUGUGAAUGGAGAGAACGCUUCCAUCGCCGACUUCCCAUGGCAAGCUUCUCUUCAGAGCGCGGAUUCCCAUAACUGUGGAGCAGUAGUCAUUUCAGCUCGAAAGGCCGUUACCGCAGGGCACUGUAUUUCGCCUGGACUGAAAAUUCGAGUGGGGUCAGAUAACCACUUUGAGGGUGGCAAGGUCUUCGACGUCAGCAAGUCUACUGUGCACCCUGAUUAUGGUACUGGGGCCGGAACCUUCCCCAACGACAUAGCAGUGCUGGAUUUUGACGAAGAUAUCACAGGUGACGGAGUUAAAGCUGUCGAAAUGCCCACAAGUAGCAGUGGGGACUUCGCUGGACAGGAGUGCACCAUCACUGGAUGGGGCCGAACAUCUGGAGGGGCACCCUUACCUGACGUGCUUCAGAAAGCCAAAACCACUGUGCUUAGUGAAGCAGAUUGUGAGGCCGAAUGGGGAGCAGACAGCAUCAAUGCCGGGCAUGUGUGUGUUUUUAACAAGGAGACCGGUUCAUGCAAUGGAGACAGUGGUGGACCGCUGACCUGUAACGGGGUGCUGGUGGGAGUGACGUCAUGGGGCGCAGUGGGUUGUCCGGUGUCAUCACCUAGUGUGUACACAAGAAUCACACACUUUCUUCAAUUCAUUGCCGAUUCAUAGGCGUUUUGGAUUUUGUACAAAUAUAGUUACAUUUAUGACAAUAAAGAAACACAAAGAGAA